ACCAAAGCAAACCAAAAAGUUAGAAAGAAAAUUCCGAAGCUACUCAUCUCAUUGCACGCGACCGUUUGGUAGAGUUUCUUCUUCUCUUCCCUUCUCUUCUCUUCUCUGCAAUUUGUGUAUAUAUAUAUAUAUAUAUAUAGAGAGAGAGAGAGAGAGAGAUGGUGGGUCGCGGUCCAAUAGAGGUGGCGAAGACUGUGUUGGAGGUGGCGGACGUGGCUUGGACCGCCGUGGAAUGUCGGCGCCGCCACCAACACGAACACGAGCACGAGGAUUCCGAAGAGACCCCGUCGGAGGAAGAAUUGGAAUGUAUGAGAUCUGAGAAUCGCCGUCUGAGGAACUUGCUUGAACAGAACCUCAAACUCCUUCAGAAUCUCUCCGAAUCUCCUUGUUUAUUGCAAGAUUGCCCUCCCGAUCUGUAUGAUCGUCUUGUGGCCACUGUGGAAUCUGAAAAGUUCUUAACUCAGCUUAAAUCCCUGCAUGAUGAAUCUGUUGAUGGAAUUGGCUCCAAAUUUCCUUUUAAGGAGGCCUCAGGAGCUGAUUUGCAGUCAGCUGAAGUACAUGUUGACCAUGAAGAACCUAGUUGGUGGGUUUGGGUCACUGAUGAAAUGGUUCCAAGUGAUGUUGAAGAACAGAGUGGAAUUGAUAAUGAAAAGUAUUUAGUUGUUUGUGAGGAACAAGUGGUGGAUGGAGUUGCCAACUUUAUGGCUAGAUGUGUUCUCUCAAAUCCAAAAGCUCAGACUUUGACACCUGAGGAGUUGCAGAAAACUCUGAAUAAAGCAUUGGGUGGCAUGAACAAGUUGGAGAAGAUGCUAAAUGUUUGGCAUGCUGGGAAGUUGUUUUAUACACUUUCUACCUGGGGACUUGCUCUGGCAGGGUUGUACAGGACUCGUGUGGUAUUGAGACUUGCGGCAACGGGAGUUCAUCAUACCAGCAAACUUGUUCUGAAGGCUCUCUGAAUAUGGUUGUCAUUGUUUCCGUACAAUGUAAAAGUUCUAUGGUGAAGAGCCUGUCAAACAAAUGUGAUAAAACCUAUAAAUGAUUAUGACUUCCUGCCUCUCUGCUUGUACAGACCAGCAAACCUUCAUUGUUACUCGCUUCAAUCAGAGUCUGGAUUAAUGUGUAAAUAAUUGUAAAUUACAUUGUUGUAUCUUGGCAAUUCACACAAUUCAUCGAA